AAAAAGAAGAAACAAAAAUCGGAAUCGGAAUCAGAAUCAGAAUUGAAGAGGUCCCAUUAAUGAACCAACCCAGCAAACCAACGAACAUUAAAAACAUAGUAUAAGCAAUAAACGGAAAAACUAAUUUUAGAUAAUAUCGCUUUAAACGUACUUAGUGUUAAUCGAAACAAACGACAUACAUCUUAACGUGUAUCUUGGGGAAAAUCAACGCUUUAUAAAUUAACGAUUUAGUGAGUAACUACUUACGAUUACCAGCGACCAGCUAGCAUCUAAAUUAGGGAUAAUCCGUUGGGACACCCAUCCGGAAAACGAGAACCACCAACCACCACGGCGAAGGGCGGCCGUAAUGGGUGGUGGCUUUGCGGCGCCACCGAUUACAUUAGCCACCAAACAGCGCCCGGCCUUGGACCGGGCCACCGCCCAUUCGGGGGAUAUGCACGAGAAACUCCUCGACAAGGAGGACAAGACUGAAAGGACCAAUUUGCUGGGACGGUCCAAGGACUCGUCCGGCGGCAAGCACGACAAGCCGCCCAAGGAGAAGCCCCCCAAGCAGCAGUCCAAGUUCGCCGAGCGACUACGCCGAUCUUUCCGACGCGGCGAGCAUCGAUCCCUGGAGAUCAAGCGUCAGGAUCCCACGCCGGAGGAGCUGCGGGCCAAAAGCCGGGCCACGCCCCCGCCGCAGACCGACAACAACAAUCGAUUGCCCUUCGCCUUCAGCCACCUGAACUUGCCGGGCUUGGGCUUGGGAGUGGGUCUCGGUGGCCACAUAAACCCCGCCCUGCUGCUGGACAGCCCCGACGAGUGCACACCGCCGGAGUACGCCUACCAGCAUUUGAGUAGCGUCGCCACCACCAAUUCGAGCACUUCCUUGGAGAGCAGCUGUGAGCUGGGUGAGCUGAGCGGCUCCCAGACGAGUGUCUUCUAUUGGGCCUCCAUGGGUGGCGAAGUGAGCACAGUAUCGGGAGGAGGAGCAGGCGCUGGAGCAGGUGCAGGAUCAGGAACAGGUGUUGGAACAGGGGCAGGCUCCGCAGGAGCAGCAUCAUUGUCGAACGAAAACCAAGAACGAGAUAGACGGCGACUGGAAACCCAGAGCAGCAACCGCAGCGAUCAGCAGCCAGCCACCACAUCCGCACCCGCAAACAGCAGCCGGAGCUGCAGCCUCACCAGCGAGAGCAGCUCCAUACGGCUCACCCGACUCCAGAACUUCCUCUUCAAGAGCAGCAACGAGAGCUCCAGGAGCUGUCAGGGCCACUCCAACGAGGGCUUCACCGUGUCCUCGCACAACUCCUCUUCCGGAGAAUGGGAGCAACUCGGCGCCUACCUCUCCAGCAGCAGUGGAGUGGGCGGGGGCCACGACUUCCAGGGCAGCUCAUUCCCCGAGGAGAGCACGCCCGAGGAGACGGAGGGCAUGCUGCCGGCAGAGACCAGCAGCGGAGCGGGCACCUACUACCAGUACACUCUGACCUCGCCGAACAAUCCCUUUCUGCCGGAGAUCACGGCCAGGACGUACCACAGCACCUACGACGAGGACGAGGCGGUGGAGGGCGGUGGCUGCCUCGGAGGCGACGCCGUGGGGGAGGAACUAGACGGCAAUGUGACCUCGGUGAAGUACGGAGCGGGUUCGCGCUCCGCCCAGCUGCCCACUCCUUCGUACAGUCGCGCCGGAUCGCAGGAGUCGACGCACAGCGAGGGAGGCGCCAGCUGCCCGCCCGGACCGAGUCCCAGUCCCGCGUCCAGCUCCUCCUCCACGCCGGGCAGGCACCGCCGCAAGCUCUUCAGCCUGAACUCACCCACCCGACUGCUGCACCACCAACAGCAGCAGGGCGGAAGCGGCCACCACAGUGGCUCACCCCCUUCAGUAAGCAGCAACGAGGGCAGUAGCAGCGGCAAGUUCAACUCCGCCAGCCUAGUGCGGAGCCUGAAUCCCUUCCUGCCCAGCGUAACGUCACCAAAGAGGGCGCCGCUGAAGCAGGCGGCGGUGACGUCACCCGGUUCUGUGACCCCUGACCUGAGUACAAAGCGCGAGGAGUUCCUGCGGGCGACCAUGAAGAUCUGCCUGGUGGUGUCGCCGCCGAACAGCAAGCUGCAGCUGAAAUCGAAGAGCCUGACGCACUUGGAUGGCCUCGACUCCGGCGUUGUGGCCUGCCAGCACGGUCCUCCGGGAAUCGCCACCAGUACCAGCACCACCACCGCAGCCUCCGCCACCGCCACCGCCACAGCCGGCGGCGCCGCAAAUUCCGGAGCACCCGCAUCGCUGGGCCGGCAGGCCAAUGUGACCUCCCAGGCGGUGAAGGCCGAAUCCCCUGCGGCCGUCGCUGCGUCCCCCUCGGCUGCAUCGCACCCACCUCACCACACAGCACACCCACCACCGGCACAGCCUCUGCCGCACCACCCACCCACCAUAUACACCCAGGCACCGCAGAUUGUGCGGCGGACACCGUCGCUGAUGCUGUCGCUGUCUCCGACGCUCGACGAUACCACGAAAACGGCCAGUUCCUCCUGCUUCGGUGCUGGACACUCCAGUUCCAGUGCCGGAUCCCUGCACCAGCACCACCAAAGUCUGUCCAACCAGCAACAGCAACCACCCAGCAGUAGCAGCAGCACCCCAGCCACUCAUGCAAUACCCUGCUCGAAACACUUUCAGUACCAGGAGGUGGCUGCCACAUCCUCGACAUUGAGUCCCUACAGCACCAGUGCAUCCUUCACGACCGGAGCGAGCGGUGGCGGAGGCUUGACCUCGCCGGCCGGCUGCCCCACAUCCUCCAGUGCGACGGCGGUGAAAAAGAAAUCCUCGUUCAUGAAGCGCAAGAAGCCACUGCUGACACGCAGCGAGGUAUCAAGUUCCGAAUUCUUCUCCGUGUCAUUCUGUUUGGACUCCUCGCAGCAUCCCGAUGAGGAGUUUAUUCCAGCCACCAAAGGUGUAACUCUACUUAACGCACUAAGCCACGCUCUGCGUAGGCGGAACCUUAGCUUCUCACAGAUCACAAUCACAGACAAUAAUCCCACGCCCAGUUUUUUAGAUGCAGGACCUUCGCUGCUACCCGUUUCAGUGGAUGAACAGACCGAUGUGGAGAGCCUGGCUGGACACCAUCUUUGCAUCACGGAACGUGGCAGCAAUCGCAAGCCCCUGCAGAAGGCAGCCUCCUUUGGCUCCCGACAACCGCCACCCCGACUGCUGCCCUCCGUUUCCACCGAGGAGACCAGUGAGUCGGGCGUGGCCCCCGGGAAGCAGAUCAAACAGAGAUGGUCCUCCAUCUUCGGCAUCAAGAAUCCCCAACAGAGCCAGCUGUGCGAGCUACUGAACAGCUAUGCCAAGAACGGAGUGCCCCAGCGCCCGGAUGGCCUCACCUUCGAUCAUCCGGAUCUAGUCAAUUCGCUGGCCUACCUCCAGGACAUGCACAAGUCCUGGCGCGACUUUGUGGAGAGUGAGGCGAUGAGUGAGAGUGAGAUCAAGAUCCAAACGGCCAUUUGGGAGUUGGUGACCACCGAAGUCUACUACAUACACGCCCUCCAAACCGUUACGGAUUUGUUCCUGGCCUGCUUGGAGGCUGUGCAGGAGGAGAGACUGCUAAUCGAUGUAGACCAGGCGCGUCUGUUCUCCAAUGUCCGAGCCGUUUGUGAAGCCAACAUCAAGUUCUGGACCCUGUGGCUGUAUCCCAUGGUGGCUCACAGUGUGAUAACCCAUGAGCCUCUGAGAUGCGCCUUCUUCCAGGAGGGUUUCAUAGCCUUCGCCUCCAUCUUUGCACCCUAUAAGAUCUACUGUGCGGAGCAGAGCACCUGCCAGUUCUACUGCAAGGAACUGAACCAGAACAAUGCCCUGUUCACCUCCUAUUUGGCGUGGUGCGAGUCGCAGAAGAUGUGCAACCGCCUGCGGCUCGCGGACAUUGUGGUGCGACCCAUGCAACGCCUGACCAAGUACAGCCUCCUCCUGGCGGCCAUCAAGAAGCACAUGAGCGACGUGGACGAGAUCGAGGCCAUUGACGGGAUGAUCCAUAGUGUGGAGAACUUUGUGUUCAGUGUCAACAACCACUUGACGAUGCGCCAGGAGAACGAGCGGCUCAAGGGAGUGAUGGUGCGGAUAGAGUCCUAUGAUGUGGUGGACACCAACAACGAGAUGCUGGACAAGCUUAUUAAGCAACACAGUCAAAUGUUCGACCUGUGUGCUCCCAUGCGGGGAGUUCCCGCCUACCAGGUGCGUCACCUCUUCAUGGAGGGCGACCACAAGUUCAAGGACAACCUCGGCAAAUCCGAUGUGCACUGCUUUCUCCUGACCGACAUGCUCCUGGUGUGCAAGACCAUAGCCAAGCGGGGACUGGGCGCCCUGAAGGUCAUCCGGCAACCGUAUCUGACCGACCAGCUGGUCGUCCAGCUGGCGCCGAACAACACACUGAACUGUGUGUACCUCAACGAGUUCCAGGUGGCCACCACGGCGUUCACCCUCCAGUGCACUGAGGCCAAGAACUGGUGCGACGCCCUGUGGCGGGCCAAGACGAUCUACCAAAGACUGAAGCGCGGAGCCGGCGGCGGAGGCAGUGGCACCGGUGGCAGUGGUACGGUGGGCGGGGAUGGCUUCCGGUUCGGUGGCAGCGGCAUCAGCGGCGGCACUGCCGACUCCCUCGGUGUCCGCAAGUCGCCGCUGAACUCCUCCAUCUGCAGCCAUGUCUCGAGUGCAAACAACAGCCAUAGCGGCAGUGUGGAGUGGAACGAUUCCCGCAACAUAUCCGUGGACAUUGAAAAGACAAACUCGGUGUCCAGUGACGAGGGCUCCAGCAUAAUGACGGGCAACCAUGGAGUGUCCUUAAAGGGCAACCAGCAAUUUAUUAGCGGCCUGCACAAGGCCAAAAUGGGCAUGAUGGGUCCACUGUGCUCCAAGUCGGCCAAUACGCUAUCCGUGCAGCCGUUGAAUCACCUCGGCCAGAGCCUGCCCAACCUCAAUAUGCAUCACAGUAACACUAACAAUACCCUGCUCGUGCCCGGCACCACAACGAGCCACUCGGGCAACAUGUUGUUGUCGCCCAGCCACCGUGGCAUUUCCUACCCGCCGCCGAGCCCCACGAGAGUCCCGCUGCGCCGUGGCAUGGCCUUCUCCACCUCGACGAAGAAUCCGCCUCUACGCAAGACCCGCAACGUCACCUCCCAGAACAGUAUUAACUGGCACCAGAUCCCAGCCACGCCCACACCGACGCCGCCCAGCCCCCGAUCGCAGCACCCGGCCCCGGGCGCUGUCUGCCUGCAGAAAUCACUCCCGCUGAUGGUGCCCAGCGAGGGGGGACCGGGAGCCGGCCAUCCGCUGCCGCCGCCCCUGCACAAACAGCUCUCCCACCAGGCGCCGCUGCCCACCUCCAACCACAACCACAAUCCGAACCAGUCGAGCACCGAAACGGACGUCUGAUGGGGUCGAGGACGAGGAGUUCCCAGGAUAAAGCCGCACUAUGUACUUACACAUAGAUCUGUCACAAACUACGAAAAGCAAGUUGCUGGUCAAUGAGCACUAUAUCAAGGCACUCGAAGAUAAAAUGUUUUUAGA